CUCUGCGGAGGGCACAUCCUGUUUACUCUCCGAUCUACUGUACGAGACUCGGUUUGUGUUCAAGUAUGUAAAGGAGAAACCCGCUGAGAUGUUACCGACUUCACUGUAAACGUAGCUCAACAAGGAAAACGGAAACUCCCCUGUCAGCAAUAACCAGCCAUGUCGUGCCGGGACAUCCACGCCACCAACGCUUUUGCCUUCAUCAUUGCCAUUUUGUCUGUAGGUGGGCUCGCAGUGGCAGCAUUAAUUCCGCAGUGGCGCGUAACGAAACUCAUCACCUUUAAUCGCAAUGCCAAGAAUAUCAGUGUGUAUGAUGGGCUGUGGGCUAAAUGUGUGAUGCAGGAUGGCUAUUCAGGAUGCCUCUACUAUGAUUCAGAGUGGUACUCCAAGUUGGAUCAGCUGGAUCUGCGGCUUUUGCAGUUCUGCCUUCCCACAGGCCUCGGGUUCGGCAUUUUAGCCUUGCUGCUGUCCAUGACCGGGAUGUGUAAAACCUGUUGCUGCUCAGACAAGCCUGAACCGGACAUUAAAACAGUUAGAUUCCUGGUGAACAGUCCAGGUUGUCACCUGGUGGCAGGGAUGUUUUUCUUCCUGGGUGGUGCAGUCCCCAUUGCGCCCUCGGUGUGGUUCCUUUUCCGCACCAAGGAGAUGAACGCCAGAUAUGCCAACAUCUUCUCUGAUGGCUUUGCUGUGUAUGUAUCUAUAGGCUGUUCUGGAGGACUGAUGCUAGCCGCACUGCUGAUGUUCAUGUGGUACUGUAUGUGCAAGAAGCUGCCUUCACCUUUCUGGUUGCCCAUGUCCACGUCCAACUCCAUGUCAACCCAGCCUCUCAUUGCCAACGCACAUUCUCCUGCCUCAGUUUAUGGUCCGCAGCCUUUCCCACCACAGACUUUCCCUCCCACAGUAAUUAACUCCCAACCACAUGUGCCCGCGCAAGGCUACGUGCAGAGCGUUAUCGCACCUGCUCCACCACAGGUGUACGUGUCUCAGGUUUCUGCACCGAAUGGCUAUGGAUCAGAGGUUGAAGGAAAUCACGCCUACGGCUACGCCCCCUCUCAAAGUUACGCUCCCUCUCAAAGUUACGCUCCCUCGCAGAGCUAUGCCCCCUCACAGAGUUACGCUCCCUCUCAGGGGUACGCAUCCAGCUAUACAGGCCACCGCUACUCCACCCGCUCGCGGAUGUCGGCAAUAGAAAUUGACAUUCCUGUGCUGACGCAAGAGUAGUGAAAGAGGAGAGGCUGAUAACCUCAUUACUUCUGUCCAUGAACCUCUAUAAAUUUCACCACUGAUAAAACUAACAGAGUUUGAUAGAUGAAAGGUAAUGACCUGAGAGCUAUUUACAGCUUCAAGAGUAAUAGUUUCAAAAAUACUGUUAGUCAGUCCAGGCCUGUGAACUGCUGAUGGGAGAGGAUGAGAAUCGGUAGAAACAGCCCUGGAGGUACCACAUGAAGGAUGAGAUUAACCUCGAAACUAAAACACUGCAUUCAGUUUAGUAUUGUUUUAAAAAAAAAACUUGUUUCACUGUUUUUUAUAUCAGAGUAUGAGCACUAAAUAAUAGUUUAUCACUUGCUGAAGUGGCCAAUGGACCAACCUGAUUUUUCUAAUUUUCUGUUACAUUUGUGCUUGACACUUUAUCCUUAAUUUCAAGUGACCUUUGCUUGUGUAAAACUUACAAUAUGAGGAUUGUCUGUUAUCACUGUUGAACUGCAUUAUGGACUGUAUUAACUUUGACUUCUGUGUCCUGAAUGGACAACUACUAACUCACCUGUUUUUGUUCUAACACGAACUGUGUAAUGAACUGUCACUUUGAAGAGCAGCUGUCAUAUCUUUGUUAAAUGCACUAAGUGUGUCAAUAAUGUGCCUGGUUUAAUUGCCUUUGUUUACCUAUGUUUUUAGCCUUGAGUCUAUUUUUUUAAUGUAAAGCCUCCUGCAUAGUACUUAAUCAUGUGAUCGAGCAUACCUUUCCAGGGUAUUUGUGUCAAAAAACAUCAAAAGGUGCCACUAAUAAACCUUUUAGCUGUGUUCAGUCUGAUGUACAAAUGCAGUUAACAUUACUGUAUUGUCAGAAACACUAAGACAUCUCUAGUGUGGUAGGCCUACAUACAGAUGUUUUUCUUUUCUAAAUGUAAAAAACUUUUGCUAAUGUAGCUGGAAGCACUGAUUAAGGCUGUAAGUCAUGAUUAAGCCACAUAUGUUGCCUUCUUGCAGGUCCUGCGUAUGAAGUACUGAUCUUUAUGUGAUUCUAAAGUGAAAAUGUCAAAGAAACAUGCUUUUCUACACUCUUUUUGUUUUAAAUAAAACAUAAAUCACACUGUAA